ACGUUACAUCCGGGUAUUGUCUACGUCGCCAUUUUACAUUCGUCUUUUGCAAUAAACGUGUUAUUGGCAACAUAUUCCAAGCAAUACCAAGCGAAAUACAAAAUGUCGGCCCAAGAUCAAAUGCGGGCAAUGUUAGACGAGCUCAUGGGCACGUCAAGGAAUGGGAGCUAUUUCAUGAGCUGUUUCCCCGUCAAAAAUGAAAGGGUGAUGAAAGGCCAAGCCGGGACACCGCGAAGUACAAGGUGAAGUUUGAUGAUCCUCGGGUAUGUAAGAGUUUCCUGCUAGCCUGCUGUCCUCAUGAUAUUCUGUCAAGCACGAGGAUGGACCUUGGUGAGUGUCCAAAGAUACAUGACCUGGCACUGAGGGCAGACUAUGAGUGGGCCACCAAAAAGAAGGACUACUACUAUGACAUUGAUGCCAUGGAACAUCUACAGAGUUUCAUCGCAGACUGUGACAGAAAAACAGAAAUGGCCAAGCGACGUUUGAAGGAGACCCAGGAAGAGCUCAGUGAGGAGGCCAACCAGAAGGCAGAAAAGAUUCAUGCACUGGGAGAGCAGCUUGGAGAAAAUAUGGCCAAGGCGGAGACCAUGGGGGGCGAGGGAGAGGUGGAGGAAUCUCUCAAACUCAUGGAAGAAGUAGAGGAACUGAAGAAAAAUAAAAGCCUUGCUGAGCAAGACUACCGAAAUUCAAUGCCAGCCUCCAGUUACCAGCAACAGAAGUUGCGUGUGUGUGAGGUCUGUUCUGCCUACCUAGGUAUCCAUGACAAUGACAGACGACUGGCUGACCACUUUGGUGGAAAACUUCAUUUGGGGUUCAUCACAAUCAGAGAGAAGUUGGAGGAGCUUAAAGUAAGGAUAAAUACACGUGUUGCUGAGAGAAGGAAUUUGCGAGAAAAGGAAAGGGAAGAACAAAAAGUUAAGAGAGAGAAAGAAGAGGAAGCAAGAAAAAGUAAGAGUGCCAGUCCCGUCCGUAGACGUAGUCGCAGUACCAGCAAGCGCAGUCGAAGUAGGAGUAAAAGUCGAAAGAGGAGCCGGUCACGUAGCAACAGUCGUGAUAAAAACAGAAGACGCCGGUCACGUAGCAGUAGUCGUAGUAGGAGGAGAUCAACAUCUAGGACAAAUGAUCGUAGAUCACACAAAAGGUCAAGGCAUUCAAGAUCCAGGUCCAAGUCUAGGCGGUCUAGAUCACGAGGUUCCAGAUCACGGCGUUCAAGGUCACGUCGAUCAAGGUCACGUUCCAGGUCAAGGUCACGAAGACAUAAAAGGAGGUCAAGGUCAAGGUCAAGACGUUCCAGAAGCCGAUCAAAGUCCAGGAGGCAUCGCCACCGGUCAAGGUCAGCAUCAGCGUCGCGCAGAAGUAGGAGCGCAGAAAGGGAUCGCAGACGAGACUCGAGGUCAAAGUCCUGAGACAGUCAUCAUUCAUAACCCCUUAGAUUCAAAAGGUGAAAGUGCUUGCAGAGAAUGGAGGAACCAAAAAGAAAGAACGCUUACAGAUAAUGCUGUGAUUCUAUUUGAACUGUAUCCAGUGGAUAUGAGGGGUGUUCUUGUUGCACAUAAUAUGGACAAGGAUUUUCUCUUUAUGUACAUAUUACAAUAUCAUUGGUUUGGUGAGACUUUCAGAUUUUGAUACUGCAACUUCAUCUGUGAUAGAUGAUCAUGAAUAUGAAGUGACUUGCAGCAGAAUUGUAUUCAUAUUUUCUGUUUUCCAUGUUUCUCUAGAUUUACAACAUAAACUGUUGGUUUAUUUGAAAAACAAAAACAUGUGAUGGAGAAUAAAAAUAUCCAUUACUACAGAUUUGAGUUGUAUGUUAAUUUAGUUGACUAAAUGAAAGGGUCUUUUAAAAGUUUUAUUUGUACAUGGUAUUGCUGUUCAUUGUGAACUGAUUUUAAUCAUUGUAUAAAUUCAUUAAAACAUAUUUUUCAUUUUUGUGUUUUAAAUUGUAACUGAACAUUGGUAAUUAUAUGAGAGUCCCAAAUGAAAGCAAAGCGUAUUUCUAUGUUAUGUUUAUAAACAUUUUGCUAUCACGCAUGGCCCUUAGGGCCAGAUGAGCUUAUGCCAUGUCAAAGUGUCAGUCUGUUACACAACAUUGGACUUGACAUUGAUUUUUUUUACUAAAGACAACUAUGGAAAUUUGUUAAAUUUUGUAUUGAGCAAUGCUAAGCAAAUAUCAUUCCAUGUCAGGGGUGUACAGUUUCACUAGCCUGGAACUAGUUGAUUUUAUGUAAGGGCUGGUGAAAAAUGUCUUUUUUUUCUAUGAGAAUAUAGAUUAGGUUGGUAUUGAUUUUUUUUAGUUAACAUCUUCCUACAGGCUAGUAAUUAAAAAUAUAAAAUUGAACACCCCUGCAUGUGUGUUAAAUGCAAGUUAGUUUUAACCAAAAUCUGGAGAAAUAUUGCCGUUAUUGUGAUUGUUAGUUAACAUUUUCAAGUUCCCAUUCAGAUAUCAAAUAAAAACAGGUGAGAGAUAAAGGUCCCUCUGGCAUCUUCUUCAUGUUAAGAUAAGUAAUUUAAAUGAUGAAUUUCAAUAUUUUACCAUUCUUAUCAGAAAUUAAAGUUAGAAGUUUUAACAUACAUAUCUAGUGAAGAAUUUAAUGUAAUUUAAUAUUUUUAACAUGCAGUAUUUUGGAUUUAUUGACUGAUUUUGUUUUAAUGGCAAAUGUAAUGUAUGAAAAUAUUAAAAAAACCUUUUCAGCUGAAAUCAUGCAAUGUACAUGAAUUUAGAAAUUGUUCAAGGUAUUGCAUCAAUAUUAUAUAUUUGGACCAAAAUGACCAGUUGCUCUGACCUCUGAUCCACUAUAUUGUUUGCAGGCAAAUCAAUAUUUGUUACAGAGCAUAUGUAGAUCUACUAUUCAAGUUAGAGGUGAAACGACCUUGGCACCCUAAGAUGUGUAUGAACAUGUGGGCUAAAUGCAAUUGUCCAAUAUGAAUUUUCCAUGUCAAGGUAAAUGCCACAUGUCAUUUUGGUCAGACUAUAACUGUCUACAAAGUAAGUACUUAUUCCAUACCACUAACUAAAUUUUUCUGAUUAAGUUACAUGUAAACAUGUUUGGUUACUAUGUUAUUGAAGGCAAGUAUGUUAAUAUCAUUAAAAGCCAUUGCCCUGUA